UCAGCGCUGAUUGGUGCAGCGGGUAUAACCUCCUGUCAGCUGUUUCCUCAUCUUCUUCCUCUCACCGAGACAGACCUCUGAGGCCGGAGCACCGACACAGACACAGAGACAGUAUAACCAGUCUAAUCGAUAAGCAGUGUAAUCGAUAAGCAGCAUGUCUCUCACCCAGGACCCGAACUACCAGAGUCUGGACCGAUGGUUCAGGUCUCAGGCCGGCAGCCUCAGCAUGAGAGAGCUCUUCCGGGAGGACCGGGACCGCUUCACCUGCUUCAGCACGACGCUGCAGACGGACGACGGAGAGAUCCUGCUUGACUACUCCAAGAACCUCAUCAACCAGGAAGUGAUGGACAUGCUGAUCGCCCUGGCGAAGUCCCGCGGCGUGGAGGACGCCAGAGAGAAGAUGUUCUCUGGAGAGAAAAUCAACUUCACCGAGGGUCGUGCUGUUCUCCACGUCGCUCUUCGUAAUCGCUCCAACUCGCCGAUCCAUGUUGAUGGUAAGGACGUGAUGCCGGAGGUCAACCGCGUGCUGGACAAGAUGAAGGCCUUCUGUCACAGAGUUCGUAGCGGCGAGUGGAAAGGCUUCAGCGGGAAGAGCAUCACGGACGUGGUGAACAUCGGGAUCGGAGGCUCGGACCUGGGCCCUCUCAUGGUGACAGAGGCUCUGAAGCCCUACUCAGAGGGUGGUCCCAAAGUCUGGUUCGUCUCUAACAUCGACGGGACUCACAUGGUGAAGACCCUCAAAGAACUGAACGCUGAGACAACACUGUUCAUCAUCGCCUCCAAGACGUUCACCACUCAGGAGACGAUCACUAACGCAGAGUCGGCCAGGGAUUGGUUCCUGAAGACAGCCAAAGAUAAAUCUGCGGUGGCCAAACACUUCGUGGCUCUGUCCACCAACGCCGUCAAGGUGAAGGACUUCGGAAUCGACACCGCCAACAUGUUUGAGUUCUGGGACUGGGUGGGAGGUCGUUACUCUCUGUGGUCGGCCAUCGGUCUCUCCAUCGCUCUUCACAUCGGGUUUGAGAACUUUGAGCAGCUCCUCUCCGGAGCUCACUGGAUGGACCAGCACUUCCAGUCCGCCCCGCUGCAGCAGAACGUCCCGGUGCUGCUCGCUCUGCUCGGGGUCUGGUACGUCAACUUCUUCAAAGCGGAGACGCACGCCAUGCUGCCGUACGACCAGUACAUGCACCGCUUCGCUGCCUACUUCCAGCAGGGUGACAUGGAGUCUAAUGGGAAGUACAUCACCAAAGAUGGCGCCCGUGUCGACUACCACACCGGGCCCAUCGUGUGGGGAGAGCCGGGGACCAACGGACAGCACGCCUUCUACCAGCUGAUUCACCAAGGAACUCGUCUGAUUCCCGCUGACUUCCUCAUGCCUGCUCAGUCUCAGCAUCCAAUCAGAGACAACCUGCACCACAAGAUCCUAGCAGCUAACUUCCUGGCUCAGACGGAGGCUCUGAUGAAGGGGAAGACGACAGAGGAGGCGCAGAAGGAGCUUCAGGAGGCGGGAGUUAAAGGAGAGGCUCUGAGCAAGCUGCUGCCUCACAAGGUUUUCGAGGGAAACAAGCCGAGCAACUCCAUCGUCUUCAAGAAGCUGAGCCCGUUCAUCCUGGGAGCGCUGAUCGCGAUGUACGAGCACAAGAUCUUCGUGCAGGGCGUGAUCUGGGACAUCAACAGCUACGACCAGUGGGGCGUGGAGCUCGGGAAGCAGCUGGCGAAGCAGAUCGAGCCGGAGCUGCAGGACGCCGUAGCCGUGACGACGCACGACUCCUCCACCAACGGGCUCAUGAACUUCCUGAAGAAGAACUUCAACUGAGCCCUGCUCUCCCAUUGGCUGCCAGCGUUCAACCCUGCUCUCCCAUUGGCUUUCAUUGUAGAAUCCCCUCCCUCUGUGGACUCCUCCUCUCUCAUUGGCUCACUGCAAACAUUCCUCCUCAUUGGCUCCCUCUGUCUACAACUCCAGUCUCAUUGGCUCCCACGUUUAGUCCUCUUCUCUCAUUGGCUCCCUCUGUGUAUCCUCCAGUCUCUUAUUGGCUGCCACCUUACAUUCCUGUUUCUCAUUGGCUCCCAGCUUACAACCCCGCUCUCUCAUUGGCUCCCUUUGUGUAUCCCUCCUCUCAUUGGCUGGCAUUAGAGGCUCUGUGUGUAGUUGUGUUUAAAGGGAUUUAAUCUGAAUAUGUAAAGUUACUGACGGCACUUUAUCAGCUCUGACCUUCAAAAUAAAAGUCCUGUCACUGA